UUGCGGGUGCCCGCAGUCGCCCUUUUUCUGGCUCUGGCGCUCGCCGCCCUGUUGGUUGCCGCUUGCGCCUCCGAGUUAACCGAUUCCAUUGAUGCCGCGCGGUCCAUCGAUGCCGCGCGGCGGUUGGCCGGCGACGCCGUCAGCGGUUCGGAGCCGGCGGCAGCGACUCCCCGCCAAGCCGCUUCGGGUGUCGUAUCGCCGGCGCCUCGGGAAGUUCAGUCCCUGGUCGUCAUCUUGCGCGGCCUGCCCGUCGCCGCUCGGGGCAGCGACAUCGAAUACGAUCGCCGGGACUGGAGCCACUGGGUGGACGUCGACCGGGACUGCCAGGACACCCGCGCCGAGGUCUUGAUCGCCGAGAGCUUGGUUCCGGUCUCCUUCGCGCCACAGGACGACGGCGAAAAAUGUCGCGUGGUCUCCGGCCGGUGGGUCGGCCCUUGGUCCGGCGACGUUUUCACCGACGCCUCGAACGUCGACAUCGACCAUCACGUGCCCUUGGGCCACGCCCACCAGUCCGGUGGCUGGCAGUGGUCCCCCGAACGCAAACGGGCGUACGCCAAUGAUCUGACCGACCCGGUGAGCCUUCAAGCCGCCAGCGCUCCGGUCAACCACUCCAAGGGCAAGAAGCCGCCCGACCAGUGGCGUCCCGACGAAACCGCCGGUUGGUGUCGCUAUGCUGCCGAUUGGAUCUCCGUCAAGGAGCAGUGGGAUUUGACAGUUACCUCCGCUGAAGUCGACGCCUUGGAAACGAUGCUUUCCACCUGCCGCAACGCGGGUUCGUGGGGCCUGUCCGGUUCCCCGUCGCCCUAA